ACGAUUCUCAAGACCAGCAUUUCUUUCUCCGUCAGUUGUGCUGGUUGUGUCGCACGAACUCCUGCGAAUGACGCGCACGUUUCCCGCGUCUUUUAAAAUGUAUAAAAUUUUAUAAUUGAAAUAAUGUAGCGUAAAAAUAUGGAAUAUGAUUUGAAUUUUUUUAUCGUGUGUGUGUAUGUGUUUGUGUUGUAAAAAUUAUAUACUAUUCGAGUAAAAUGAGCGUAGGAAAGUGUGGGAUUUUGUUAACCUUUUUAAUCGUAUUCGAAGUUGCUUCUCAAGCCGAUGGCGAUCUCAUGUCUAUGAUGGAUUUUCGAUAUUGGCGAUGCGUCAUGAAAAGAGAAUGGAAAUGUCCUGAUAGCGAAAUUAACUUUUUUUUAUAUACACCAGAGCAUCCAUUCAAGCAGUGGGUCGACGUUCGACAUGGCGUAGAUCACCUGUACGCGUACGGCUGGAAGCCUGACCGAAAAAAUGUAAUGAUCAUUCACGGCUUCAACGGAACGUACUCGAAGAGUCCAAUGACAUUCAUACGUGACGCUUACUUGUCUCGCAAGGACUACAACGUGUUCAUGGUGGACUGGGCUCCGUUAACGAGGUUUCCGUGUUACCUCUCAUCGCUUUCGAACUUGAAAUUGGCUGCUCAAUGUACUGCUCAGCUUUACUCGUACUUGACGCAAGGGGGCGCUUUGGCAAAGAUGAUAACUUGCGUGGGGCAUUCGUUGGGGGCUCACGUCUGCGGGAUGAUGUCUAACCACCUAACCGAGAAGCAGUACAAAAUUGUAGGUUUAGAUCCAGCCCGUCCAUUGGUGUCUGCGUAUGGCUCCCGGCAGUUCCGUCUUAGCAGAGAUGACGCUUAUGUCGUUCAAGUCUUGCAUACCAACGCUGGUUUCCUAGGAGAAUCCGGCUUGGUGGGGCACGUGGACUUCUGCAUCAACGGUGGACGACUACAGCCGGGCUGCAAAGGACAUUUCAUGCGUAUCGCUCGAUGUAGUCAUUUCAAGAGCUCGUGUUACUUCGCCGCGAGUGUUCGCAAAAGUCUACGCCUUGUAGGCGUUCCUUGCGACACCUCGUGUCCUAAAGAGCGAGGUCCUUGGGGUAUACGGUACGACGGGAAGGCUAUCCGGCUUGGGGAUGAUGUUCCUGAUUCGUCUAGAGGAAUGUAUUGUGUCAAAAUAGAUCACGAAGAAGAUUGUCCUUUCGAUUAAUUCAUCUAACGUAGCAUAAUUUAUUUAAAUGUUAAGUAAUUUAUUUUAAAUUAAUUGUAAUAGUAAAUCAAUAAAUCAAUUCAUGAAAUGAAUGAUGAUAUAAAA